AUGAAUAAUUUAAGAGAAGCUAAGAAGAGGAAUACUCUUCAGAGUAAUCAGCUUUUUAGUAGAAACUUGAUCCCUGAUCAGGAUCCUCACAGUUCAAGUAGCUUGGCUGAGCAGUUACGGAUUCAGGGAAGAAAGCUAGGAAGUUCUAACUCACAGAGAGUCUUACAUGUGGUAGGCUCCGAAUCUAAAAAGCUCAGCGGCAACAAGUCUGAAGACAUCGAAGGUAAUUUUGUUAUAGAUCAAGUGGAAAUCGUUGAAGAAAAUAUUAGUACAAUCAAGAGAUGUGAACAAAGCCUCAUCUUCAAAAUUCUCAAGAGCUUCACCGAAACUCUUGUGAUGCUCUUGCUUGGCGCUUACUUCUUGUUGAUGUACUACCUUGACAAAGAUGAUAAGUUUAGAUACGCAGUUGUCCCUCAGAUGGCUCUUCAGUUCGCUCUACUCCUGAUGGUGGCUGUUCCCCAAAUUGGGAUAAAUGGCUUGAAGAUGUUCUUUAGGAAUCGAUACCUGGUCGUAGAAUGCUCGGUGAUUGUGCUUACGCUAAUCUUUGAUAUCUAUGAAGUCUCACAAAGCUUUUCAGAGCGCAUCCACAUCCUUGUAGGCUUUGGAAGGGUCUUGAGAUUGGUGUUGUUCUCAGUGCUUAUAACUGAGGUGGAGCAAACAUUGGUCGAUAACUGAGGAAGAAACAGAAAAUCAGAAAUUUCAGCCGUUGAGAUUCAUGGAAAUGUAGAUACUCUCUUAAAAGACCUCUACCAGAGAUGCAGCUCCAGAGAGAAGCUCGUCAAGGCUGGACUCAAAAGAAGCCUUUUCCUGUACAAGAAAGAUAAGAGCAAACUCAUGUCAAAAAAUCGGCUUAAUGAUAGUUCUCUCCAAGGUGAUGAGGAAGAGAUUGAUCCAAUGAAGAUACAAGAGCUUAAAAUGAAAGAAAUAAGCAAGGCACUGAUAGUUCUUGAAUCCAAAGAAGAGAAGUACUUCCAAGAAGGAUUCAAUUUCGCUACAAUGGAGUCUCAGUACACUCUCAAAAUGGUUCUUGAGUCUGCCAAAGACUUAGAGUUCGACGUCUUCGAGCUCCAAACCAAAUCUGUUGAGAACGAAAUGUACAUCUUUGGCAUGCAUAUCAUGGCUAAAGAUAAGUACAUGGACGAGUUCAAGAUCAGCACGAAGAGGAUGCAGAACUAUUUGUAUGCGUUGCAGAGCAGCUACAACCAGAUUGCUUACCACAACAAGACACACGCCACAGAUCUUUCCCAAACUUGCUAUUAUUAUAUGUACACUUGCCACAUGAUUGAUAUUUGCAAGUUAUCUAGAGUCGAACAGAUGGCUAUGCUUUUGGCUGGAUUCAUGCAUGAUACAGAUCACCCUGGUUUUAAUAACGUUUACAUGGUGAACACCUCUGCUCCCCUUGCCAUCAGAUACAAUGACAAGGCAGUUCUUGAGAGUUAUCAUGCUGCAAUGGGAUUUAAGAUUAUGAAAGGAAAUAGACAGUGCAAUAUUUUCGAUAAUUUGAGCAAAGAUCAAUAUCGCGAUUUCAGGAAGCUAAUCGUCGAAUUAGUUCUCUCAACAGAUAUGACCAGACAUUUCCCAGAUAUGAGCCAGAUGGGUGUAAGGACCUCUGAAAGCGACUUUGACCCUUCGGACAAAGAUAAGAAGCUGUCUAUGGAGUUUUUGUUUCAUAUGGCUGAUAUUAGUAAUCCCACUAAGCCUUGGUCUAUUUGUAAAAAGUGGACAGAUUUACUCUUUAUUGAAUUCUUUAAUCAAGGAGAUAAAGAAAGAGAACUUGGAAUGGAGAUAUCCUUUCUAAUGGAUAGGACUACUACAAAUGUAGCCAAAGCUCAAGAUGGUUUCAUUAAGAACUUGAUAAGACCUGCUUUUUGAAUUCUUGAGAAGGUCUUACCUGAGUUAUCUCUGAAUUUAAAAUAUAUGGAUGAAAAUGUAGAAAAAUGGGCAACAAAAGUUAGCCAAUACUCUGUUAAUCAUCAUUCCCACAUGCAGACUAAGAGUAUAAAAGCUCAAAGAGAGGAAGAAGAUAAAGACGACAGAUCAGAUUUUAGUGAGGACUCUUUCAUUCCAGAAGAGUUCUCUCCAGCUCUUAAUUCAAAAAUAUCCUCUGAGCAAAAGAAUGGGUUGCAUCAUAAACCAGGAAAACUUCCACCAAUCCAAUCUGUGCAAUCAAGUGAUCUCUUAAGUAUAAAUCCGUAGU